AUGUCUUCGCCCACUCCUGAUUCUCGACUGGAAGAGAUGAGCAGCCCCCAGCAUCUCAACGCGAACCCCUUCGUGCCCGACGUUCCCAGCGGCCCGAGCGCCCCCACCUCUGCCUUAGACAUCCCUUCGGUGUCUAUCAAAGUUCCUGGCGUAUUCGACCUCUCCUCUAUCCCCGCGACACUCAGUCUCUCCGGCAGCCUCAUCAACGGCUACCCGUUCUCCACCCUUGAUGGGACUGAUGAGAUCGUAAUCUACUCCGGAAACGCAGCCGAGUGUCCCCGGAAGUUUAUCAUCUACGUCGAUUUGACUGGCGACAUGCACGGUGAUAACAUAGAGAAACAAGUGGAGGAGGAGAAGGACACAGAGGAAGAGAGAGAGGAAUCCGAAAAGCCAAAAGAGGACAAGAAUGAAGAGGACCGACACAACCAACAACGACAGCCCAUCCCGUACUGCACUGCCUCAAGAGACAGCAGCAGCGAGAGACACUUGCAGCAUUUACGUGUUGAUGCAACCAGGAGCGUCUUUCCGUGGCAACCGUCGACACCUGCGCCACUCGAUCAAACCUCGCCAGGAUCGCCCGCUGAGUUACCAGUUGAGGCGCCGACUGAGGCACCGGUUGAAGCAUCGGUUGAAGCAUCGGUUGAAGCGUCGGUUGAGUCCAAGCCUGGUUCGCCCGGUGACUUGCCGGACUCUGAAGAGACGGACCCUCCCCAACACCAGGUCAACGACGCAGACCUUACCCACUUGUCAGAAUGCUCAGUCAUCAGAGCCGCUCCCCGUUCAGUUAUCCCCGCCGGCCUGUCCAAUCCAGAGCAGCAUCCCAAACCAUCGAGACCUUCCGGUCCACCGGACCUCAACAACACGCCCGUCAGCCUCUACCUCUGGGGUAGCGCCAUGAACGGUUACCCCUUUUCCGGCCGGGGCCAGAACGAUGGAUUUUGUAUCUGGACCGGUCCCGCGGUUGAUUGUCCCCGGAGGUUCAACAUCAGCCUUGAACUGAACCAGGAGCGGAAAGAGGAUGACGACGACACUGACAACGGCCCUUGGUACAAAGUCCGGCGGAUUGAUGGAGCAUACGACGUGAAGGAAGAGCGGAGCGUCAACAUCUGUUCGAUGAAGCCUGUUUGGCCUUGGGGACCCUUGCCGGUGUCCCCUUACGAUACGCCAGAGGGGUCGAGAAGGUAUUCUCCUGUUGGUUCUUCGAGCGAUCACCCAGAGGGUGGUGUCGGGGUAAGUUCUCCGGUUGGUUCACCCGGUGGCUUGACGGUUGAGUCACCGGCGAGUUUUUGGUCGCAGCUCCGGACAUAG